GCGCCUCCCCCCCUCGCCGCCGGUGCCCGCGCCGGCAGUACGGACACGCCACCCCUCGCGGCGCCGCGCGCUCACGGGUUUCGACGAGGAGGCGAGGACUAGUAGGAAGCACAGCCAGGACAUAAGCGAGUGGGAGGGAGGGGCUUUGAUCGCGCGAGUACCAUUCAGGCGGCGCGGCACCGCCUUACCCGCUCGGCCUCGGGUGGGGUGGUUUCCUCUCGCGCGGCGCCGCGGACGAGAUGGGCGCCGGCGGGAAGGCCGGGAAGGCGCGGCGGGCGGCGCGGGUGAGCCUCUGGGUGGCGCGCGCCAGCACCACCGUGCUGCUCUGGACCUGCGUCGUGGUGCUGCUCGCGGCGGCCUUCGGUGAGCACCUGGCGCCCAGCGUGCUCGGCCUGGGCGGGGUCUGGUCCGGCUGCCUCGCGCAGACGCUCGUCAUCGUGCAGCGCCCGCUGCUGCUGCCGGCGGACCGCGAGAGGGCCGCCGCGGCCGCGCUGCCGCUGCCGCCCAAGCGAAUCUACAAGAACAAUGGCUAUCUGAUGGUGUCCUGCAAUGGCGGUCUCAACCAGAUGCGAGCCGCUAUAUGUGAUAUGGUGACGGUUGCAAGAUACUUGAAUGUCACACUCAUCGUGCCGGAGUUGGAUAAAACUUCAUUUUGGGCUGAUCCUAGUGAGUUCCGAGAUAUAUUUGAUGUGGACUACUUCAUAGCAUCAUUGAGAGAUGAGGUCCGGAUACUGAAAGAGCUGCCUCCACGGCUGAAAAAGAGAGUUGAACAGGGGUAUCUUCGCUCCAUGCCACCCGUCAGCUGGUCUGAUAUAUCCUAUUACCAUAAUCAGAUUUUACCAAUGUUAAAGAAGUACAAAGUUCUCCAUCUGAAUAAAACAGAUGCUCGGCUUGCAAAUAAUGGCCUACCCAUGGAGAUUCAGAAACUGAGGUGCCGUGUCAAUUUUGAUGCAUUGAGAUUUACCCCUGAAAUAGAAGAGCUGGGCAGGCGUGUGGUUCAAAUUCUUCGUCAGAAUGGACCCUUUGUGGUUCUCCACUUGCGGUAUGAGAUGGACAUGCUUGCCUUCUCCGGGUGUACACAUGGUUGCAGCAACGAGGAGGCCGAGGAGCUCACAAGAAUGAGAUACGCUUACCCAUGGUGGAAAGAGAAAGUGAUCGACUCCAAGGUGAAGAGGAAAGACGGGCUCUGUCCAUUAACACCGGAGGAGAUUGCGAUGGUACUAAAGGCACUCGACAUUGAUCGCCAUUAUCAAAUAUAUAUUGCUGCUGGUGAAAUAUAUGGUGGGCAAAGAAGAAUGGCUGCACUGACCUCAGCUUAUCCCAAUGUGGUAAGAAAGGAGACGUUACUGCCUUCAGGACUCAGGUUUUUCCAGAACCAUUCUUCCCAGAUGGCAGCAUUGGAUUAUAUGGUGUCCUUGGAGAGUGAUGUUUUCAUCCCCACUUAUGAUGGUAACAUGGCAAAAGUUGUUGAAGGCCAUCGCAGAUACUUGGGGUUCAAGAAGACGGUGCUACUAGACCGGAAACUUAUAGUUGAGCUGGUCGAUGAGUACAAAAACGGCACAUUGAGCUGGGCCGAUUUCUCCUCCUCUGUGAAGGCAUCACACACGAGCCGCAUGGGCGCGCCAUCCAGGAGGCAGGUGAUUCCGGACAAACCCAAGGAAGAGGACUACUUCUACGCGAAUCCUCACGAGUGCUUGCACCAACCGGAUGAGCUAUCAGCUUUAUGAUACCCCCGGAUAUAUACACAUUCUUUCCAGAGCCGUGGGCCGGCUUGGAUUACAUUUCUUGAGUAGGCAUAAUUGGAGAUCUAGCUGCAAUUGCAUUUGAUGGGGACAGGCACCUGAGAGAGAUAAAUGGUGCCAUUUGUUAGGUGAUAAUAUACACAGAUUGGCAUGAUUUGCCAGUUCUUUUGUUGUUGUCGGAAAAAUAAGCAGCAUGUGAUUUUGUGUUGUACAUAUGAUAGGAGUUAGAAGAAAAUUACACCCACGAGUAGAGUUUUUUCUGUUUCUGAAUUGUGCUUGCAUGUGAUGUGAUGCAUAUACAUACAUUGUGACGGUGCUUGUCAGAAGUUCUUCCAUUGUAAUACACAGUUUGGAUGAUUUGGUUGAGCUGAUGAUAUUGGUGUUUAGUUC